AUGUCCGACGACGAAGACUAUUACGACGAAUACGACGAGGAUAUCUUCUGGGUGGAGGAACCCGAUCCCACCAUUGCUGACGACUUAGCAGCAACCUCCACCAACGACGCCAUCUUCUACGACCACCCCGCCCUCGAAGUCGAAGACUACUUCUCCGACUGGGACGAUCUGUCGGAUGACUACUACGACGAGGAUCCGACCGCCGUGCGCCGCGCCCGCGCCUUGGGCCUGUUACCUGCCGGCGACGGCGACGGCGGCCAUCAUGACAAGCAGCACAGCCACCCUCCCCGCGCUGCUGCUGUGACCAAACACCCACGUGCACCAAAAUCGGCUGCCCAAAGAACCCCGUUUUUCGAUCUCGGCGCGUUCCAGAGUGUGGUCUGGAAAUCCCCGCACCAGGAGAAGGAACAACAAUCGGUGGUCGCGUUGCAUGAACCCGGCGAGGGGGAGAAGGUGGCGCUGCUGAAGAAUUGGCGCGAGGUGUUUCGGAGUGCCAAUCCUAGGAUGACCGCUGCCGUGGGCGUGGUGGCGGGGACCGGGGCUGGGAGGAAGCCUGCGCCGAUUCAGCAGCAGCAGCAGCAGGGGUUGUGUUUGCGGGGUAGUAGUGCGGGGGCGGAGGGGAGGGGGGAUGCGGAGAGUCGGGAGGUGGAUGGUGUUGUUGCUACUACGAUGGAGGAGGUUGGGGAUGAUAUAGGGAAAGGUGUGGGUAAGGGUGGUGUGGUUAAUGGGGAGGGGUUUGUCGCGGCGGGCUUGGUCAUCGACGGUGGUGAGGUUGGGGAUGGGGGUUCUUUCGAAGGAGGGGGUCCUAAAGCUGAAGCUGCCGCCGCCACCAACGGGGUGGUAGUAAAUGAGGAGGCGGCGGAUGGGUCCUCGCUCGAUGAGUCGGUCGCGAAACCGACAGCGCCCCGGUCCAGGAAGCGCAAGGCCGAUGAUGCGGUCGACGAUAUCCCGGAAACUGCAGCAAAGACCCGGGCCAAGAGGGUCGCAUCCUCCACGAAAGCCGGAACGGCUAACAGCAGUAAAGAUGCCCCCGUCCCCGUACCUGCUGCUGCACCGUCGGCCCCUGUGCGCAGAUCAGCGAGGAAUAAAUAA